AUGCCGCGCGUUGGUUACACAUCGCUAAGUGAACAGAAUGACGGCGCCGCCGACCCAACGAGACGCAAGGACAACAGCGUGAACUCAGCGAAUGAAACUCAUCCAUCAGUCGACGUUGUAGACACAAGUACCAGAACUCGCCAGGCAUGCAUCGCUGUUCUGGCACUCAUGUGGCUCAUCGGCCUGGGAGUGGUAGUCGUGGGUGCCGUGGCACAAAGGAUGACGGACAAGUCGUCGGACGGCAUGGAACCAUCGACGUACCAUCACAAGAGUCUGGUUCCGUUUCUACAGCUGGCCGUCAGCUUCGUCGUCACCGGCCUGUCCGAUGUCGCGGGCCUCGUGCAUUCGACCAGCUUGCGAUUCACCCUGCUUUCGUCAGGGAGGCUAGCCUUCAACUCCAACCUGCGACUGUUCACCAGCUGCAAGAGCUCUCGCAUACACUGGUGGCCCAUCAAUGUGAUAUGGGCCUGGUCGUUGAUCUCGUCAUACGCGUGCGGAUCCAUGAUUGUUCUUGAGACGGUAUAUUCCUUCUCGGACACCAACCCGGACGGCACAAUCGGGCCCUCUCAUUCCUACGAUAUCGUGUCCGGGUAUGCCCUCAUCUUCCUCGGCUUGGGACUGCUAGGUCAAGCGUCCAUCGCGACUUGGGCUUUGGCCGUCAACCGCUUCCCGACCUGGUCCACCAACCCCAUUCAAAUUGGAGCUGUGUGCCAGAGCCAGGGGUGGCUGUCCAGAGUGCCGGGCCGAAGCAUGGCGAGUGUCCACGAGGUGAAGCAGACCGAUCAUCAUGAGCAUGCACCCGCUCUCCCCAAAACGCGACAGCGGUGUAUGCUCGAGGCGCAUUUUCGGUUUCGCCGCGUCCUCAUGAUCGCGUGGACCGUCACUCUGGUGGCCUUUCUCUGGUUCGCAGCCAUCUCUGUCGCAUACCAGCUCAAGGGCGACAGAGGUCCCGCUUGGGGGAGUUUCUCCCGCUCCUACACCAACGAUUGGAGUCUGAUACCAGAUUGGGUAGACACCACUGCUUUUCUCGCCAUUCCCACCUCGCUGGGACACAGCUACUUCUCAUUCGGCCCUUGGUUCCUCUGCAAAUAUCUGUUGACCUGUGCCUUUCUCGGCGGAAUCACGCUGAACCUCCAUAUCGUCGAGCUGGUCGUUCAGGCUUCGCGCGACGAGAGCCUGUGGCGGCAGACGGCGACAGCCACAGGCCUAGCCCUGGCGAAGCAUGGCGCCUUCUAUACUGCCGUCACCAGCUGGCAGACUGUAGGCCUGUUCGUGUUCAAGGGUCUCCUCCACUGGAUGUUUGGUCUGAUGUUCGGCCUGAUGUGGGAAGGCAUCGAAGUCCGAAUCCCUCAGGCCUGUUACACAGCCAUUCUACUGUUUGCACUCGCAGCCAUGGCGACUGCUAUUGCCAUUUAUCGGCCCAAAGGCCCACAGCCUGCGACCUUUGGACAUCUGCAGACUCUGGUUGACGUGAUUGAUGUGUGGCCAUGCCGUCAGUCGGAUCCUGUGGUGACCGAUGCAGGUUCCGUGGACGGACAAGACAAGAUGGCCUCGUCGCAGGUGACGGAGCAAGGGUGUACUUUGUAUUGGGGCGACAAAGGAGAUGAUGGUGAUGGUGUCCGCCACGCAGGGACUGACUUGAUUGCGUUGAAGCCCAUUGUCAUGACAGCGACGUAUAGGUAG